AUGCAGGAAUCGGUGAGUGAAUUCUGCGACGUGCUGGCAGACUCCGAGCGAAGGGAAAUGAUCUCCCUCCUCGUAAAGUACGCCAAUUCCCUCGACAGGCUUGCCUUUCUUCACAUUCGGUCUGAAGAGCACAAACUCCUCCUCUUGCUCUCGCAAAAAAGGGCAAGCUCUCGCCUCCAAGCCCUAAAAUGGGCCUCUUUUCCCAGCAUUCUCGCAGUCCUCGCAGGAGCACUUUCUGCACUCAUACUCUCCUCUCUUUAG